UUACAAAUUUACAUACUUUCUUACAUACAUAAAUAUAUACGAAUAAAUGAACAUCUGGGAGUACUACUAAGUAUAUCAGCUGUGGUGCAUCUGAACGAAAUUAAUUGGGAGUAUCUUAAGUCCGUACACGAGCCGAAUGUCAGAAGAGAGAAAAUGGAAAAAAUAAACAUCUUACUGCCAGAAUCAGCGAGCAGGGUGAUAUUAGCACAAAAAUGAGAUACAAAUACAAAACAGAGAGCGGAGGACAACCAACCAACCAACCAACCAACCAACCAACCGAACGACCAACCAUUGAGCUAAGGCAGGCGCGGUGGGAUUCGUUAUACCAGCGAGCCAUACACCCGUCAAGUUGCGAUACGACCUUGCAAUACCCUUGAAUGACACUCUUUAUUGUGCGCACCGUGUCCAAGAUGACGACGAGCACAAAAGCGACGCAACGGUAGAAGAAGUCGAAAUAUUAAAAGUGAACUUUUGUGUGUUUUUGUCUUUUCGUGUGUAGUUCACGCGUUCGCUUUUCGUUUAUUAAAAACAAAAUAUAAUAGCUGGCAAAAAAAAAAAAUAAUAAUAAAAAUUCUCCUAAAUGUGAAGAAAAUAAAUAUCAAUUUAAAUCAAUUCAAAUAAAAUGUUCUGCAAUGCAUUAAGCAACAACAUCAGCAAGAAACCAUACCAAAUAUACGAUCGCAACGUCGACUGUCUGGCUUAAAUCUGUGACAUUUCACUAACGAAAUUUUACGCAAGGUCAAAGCAAAAAUUAUACAAUAAAAGUUUCUGGUAAAUGCCAAUGAACGGACCCGGCGAUAUUCCUUUGAAUGAUAAUACCAGUAGCACACCCGACCCAAAAGCUUGCAGUAUAAUAUCUGUUAUUCCAACACUAGGCAUGUCAUCAUGUCGUGGUAGAGCGGAGGCUUUCGCGCGUAGUUUAUCCUCCAAAUUGCGUACAUUGGGCACACAGAAUGACGAUGGCGCGCUGUCGCAAGAAGAAGAAUCGAUAAUAAAUGAAAACAACGCAGCUAACACAUGGCAAACUACAAAUGAUGCUGAGCAGACAGUCACAGAUCUGCAGCCAUUACGCCAUGAAUCGGACUCCUUCUUUGAUUUCGAUUGUGAGCUGGAAAGUCCUGGCAGCCCAGCCGAUGAGUGUGAAUAUUUACGACUGAUAGAAACCGCAUCUAAUACACCACACAAUUCGGCAGCUGAAUCGGGCUACAUUUGCGCAUCGACCUCGAGCAGUCGGGGUUCAGCCGACGCGCCAUACUUUGAGCAUAUACAUCAUGAUGAUGAUGACACAAUCGAUGGACCAGGAUGUGCGCCCACACUACACAAUGGCUACGCCACAAACGAAAGCAAACAUCAUGAAGAGCAUGACGAUACAUCUUCAGUGAUAAGCAAGAGUCUAGAAGAUGCUGAUAAUGCAGCGGAUACAACAACAGCAACAGCGGAUACAACAACAGCAACAGCGGAUACGACAGCAACAACAGCCACAACGGAACUGCAAGAGGAACAACUGGUGGCGCCAGCGAGUGCAGAUAAGAGCCCCACAUCUUUAGACCUUGUCUCUUUACAAGAUGAAAUAAUCAAUGAACUGCAAGAACAUAGCGCGCGCAUCGGCAAUUUAAUUGAGUCUAUGCAGACACAAGCAAACACUGAAAUCAAUACUGUGCCAGAAAUCACACAAUCACACCUCUUGAAUGGCAAAACGGAUGAAGAAACUUUACCCCCUGAAAACCUUGACAAUUUAAAGCAAUUGGAUAUCGAAGGGACGACGACGUCCGCGACGACGACUGAACCAAUUAACAAAGCAGAAAAAAACGCCCAAAACGAAGUACAAAUAGGGUUAGACACAUACGAGUCCGCCCGUACAAGCACUCAGGAACAAGUAGUAGCUGACGCAAAUCAUAAACAAAAUGGUGCCAAGGCAGAAAAGUCCACAUUCGAUGGCCACGAUGACGACGAAGACGACUGUAGGCCACAGCGUGUGCGACGUUGCUCUUCGUUGAAGACGGGCAAGACACCACCCGGUACACCUGGGCGCAAAAAAAUCGUACGUUUCGCCGACGUGCUCGGCCUCGAUUUGGCCGAUAUAAAAACCUUUCUCGAUGAAAUACCAACUAUACCAAAAUCUGCAUUUGAAGAUUUGGAAGUGCUGGAAUCGGAACCGCCCAUACAGUUGGGACCAAAAUCCGACAAGCUGCUCAUGCCGCUAUUUCAACAGCCUGGUGGCCUGCCGAAAUUUCUCGAUCGUGUACGCGAAAAGCAGGUGUCCCUGGAGAAUGCAGCGGUAACAGAUCACAUCAAUCAAACAAUUACCGGCACAGUGCGUGUACGCAAUUUGGACUUCAACAAAUCGGUACACAUACGAUACUCGUUGGAUAAUUGGCGCAGCUAUGCUGACCUGCAGGCCAACUAUGCGGAGAAUUCAUGUGAUGGUUUCUCUGACAAAUUUACCUUCUUUCUCUUUGGCAAUUCAUUGCAAAUUGGUCAGCGUAUAGAGUUUGCGGUACGUUUUCAAUGUAAAGGACAACAGUUUUGGGAUAAUAAUUAUGGUACGAACUAUUGCUUCCAAUGCUUGCCAGCGUCAACGCCCAUCAGCACAAAUCAUACACAAGCCAUACACGUGCAGACGACACUGAGUCACUCAGUUGGUAUAUUUAGUCCAACAGUUGGUGAGGCAUGGUGCAGCUCCUUCUAUUAGUGAUUUGAAAAAAAAAAAAAACAAAAAACAAGAAAUGUUGAUAAUUAAAAAUUCAUUUGUUAAUAAUAACACUGCGUAAUAGUGAAAAUAACUAGUGACAUGGAACGGCACAAAGCGCAAUUUGUGAGUGGGGUCGAGUGUGAUAAAAAAUUGGUGUAUUCGAAAUUCUAAGUACAUAGUUCUGAAGGACUUGGACUGUAGGCGAAAACUAAUUCUUCUGGUAAUAGCUUAAGGAUUUGGCUCACAAUAGUAAAGUCUUUAUAAGAGCCAGCAAAAAAAAAA